AUGUUUUUCCUCUCUUAUAUCCCGGUUGUCUCCGUCGUUUCCGCCUCACCAGACGACAUAAUGACGCAGUCCAUGUCGGCCAUCCUGCCGGGCUCCCCACUUUCGGCGCCUUCGUCCAAGGCUCGUCGGAGAACUGACCUGAUGCCGACGACGCCGCAGUCCCAGUUGUUGCCACGUGGGGCCUGCACCAUGGAAACCUCGUUCCACGGCUCCACGGCGUCGUCUUCGAGCCCCGGAUGCCACGGGAAACAGCAGCAGCAGCAGCAACAGCGCACGCCGCCGAAUCGGGCCGUGUCGCUGUCCCGCCUGGACCAGCUGGCCCAACCCCGUCGCCGACUCUUGCAGCAAAAGCAGAUGACCCCCGGUGCGGAUGGUAGGACUGAUAAUAAUAACUCUGCCAGCCGCGUCAGCCCUGGCAAAAGCAGCAUGUCUAGGAGCAUGUGUCACUUGGGGCCGAAGAAGCUGCUUGUUGCUCGGGGUUCGUCGUCGGGGGCGUCCCCGGGGGCGGCGGCGGCGGCUUUGACAGCAGCGGCUACAGCAGUUGCGGGAACGUUGCAGUCGUCGCCGGCGGCGGCACGUAGUUCGUUGGCACGAAGCAUGACGCACUUGGCGGCUUCGGCGCCGCCGGCGGUUCGCAUGACGCGUGCUGAAAAGUUGCGCUUGAAGGCUAAGCAGCCGGAAGGUGGCAGCACCAGCACCAACACUCGAGAGCCGCCUGCGAGAUCCGGCGCCACGACGCCUUCGACGCCGUCACGACCGCUUAGUGCGCUAAGCAAUGCUUCGCAAGUGAGCAACGCUGGCAGCUCGAAUGUGGGCGGCGUUCGUCGCCGCCACCCGCCGGGCACAGUGUCGAGACUCAAGCCACGACCCGUCAGCAUUGCUGGCACUAGUGUCGAGCUUGAGAAUCGACGGCAUGGCGGCUCAGCUUCCAGCACGACGCCGAAAAGAGGGGCUGAUGUUGGGGCGCCGCAAAAAGCUGCAUCAGCAGACAAGAGGAUGUCGAGACGUAGUUCCGGUCCCACAACCCCCAGAAAAGAAGCAUCUUCUGCAUCCGUGGUUGCAGAAAAUAUGGUAAAAGCCGGGGACACGGGCACUAUUAAACGUGCGCCGAAUAAGAGCAAACCAGCCAGCAAAGAACCCUCAAAGGAAAAACCCGCUUCUCCGACCCCGGAAACAGCGUCUGCGCCUUCAACCGGAAGUCCGGAAAGCUCGCUGGAACCCUCGACUCCUGUUGCGGAAAAGAAGCCUUUCCAGGAUGAAGCUUCCAAGACACAAAAGGAGGAUGGCGACAGUUUGGGCAACAAACCCAAGAUCACCACGGAAGAAGAGGCGAAGGCGGCCAUUGCUGAGAGACGAAGACUGGCUCGAGAGCAAGCUGAGCGUGAGGCCGAAGAGCAGAAACGAAAAGAAGAAGAGGCUCGACUGGCGGAAGAAGAACGCUUGAGAAGGGAAGAAGAGGAGCAGAGAAGGUUCGAGGCUGAGCAAGAGCGGCUUAUGGAGGAGGCGAGGAAAGCUGAGGAGGACCGGCUCAAACGCGCAAUCGAGGAGGCAGAACGACAGGCGGAAGAAGAAAAGAAGAGAAAGGAAGAAGAAGCGAGGUUGAAAGCAGAGAAGGAAGAACUGGAGAAAAGAGCACGAGAAGAAGCCGAACGUCUCCGUCAAGAGCGAGAGGAAAAGCUGCGACAAGAAAUGGAAGAGCGUGAAGCCAGACGCAAGAAAGUUGAAGCGAUCAUGCUUCGCACGCGGGGAGCCAGAGGAACUAAGGAAGGCGAUCAGUCGGGCCCGUCGAGUGUGGCAAGCGGCAGCAGUAGUUCAGUCGCCUCCAGCACCCAGGCGUCCCUCGACAGCGUUGUGGCCGCCAAUGCCACGCCUAGCACUAACUCAAUUUCGUCCGUGUCCUCCGUGACGGGCGCCACCACUCCUACCGGCGGCGCUACCACCACCACCGCCACCACCACGCCGAAUGCCACCCCUGUCCCGUACCCGGCCUCAAGCGUGCCGCUGGACUCUCCCACGUCCGCCUUCGCUCCCGGCCAAAUCCUGAUGAUGACCGACUCCAUGACGGCGUCCAUGUAUGAAGAGGCCGAACGGAAUUUGAAGGAGGAAGAAGCAGCCGAAGCUGCCAAUAAGAAGGUGUGGAACCGUGACGUGACGACUGUCAACGGAAACGGUGUUCUAUUCAAUGACGGUGAUGGAAAGCGUCCCAUGGUGCACUCUGGGGAGACGAAUGGUCAUGCCAAUGGGCAUGUAGAUGAUGGGUUUUUAGUGGACUUUUCAAGCUUGCAGACAGGCGUGCAGGAUCCUCUGAUUAGUUCUCUAGACGCUGUCAACAAGCAAACCAAUCCCUUCGCUGCGGCGUUGGAUCAUAGUAGCUCUAACAUGGCUUCCAACGCAAUAGGAGGGCGCCAAGUGGGUGAUGCGAGGUUCUUCGGAAAUCUCUUUGUGAUGCGGAUUCGCGUGCGUGUUGGAAGUGGUUAA